CUUCUUUUACAUUUCCAUUUUCAUCCCAAAAUAAUAUACCAAACAGCCUCAAACGAAUUAUUUUUUAUCCGUAGGGCUUAGGAUUUCUGUGUUAAACAGUGCUGUUCCCGUCCCAUCAACCUCUCUAUUCUUCUUUUCAUGGAUGAAAUCCAUUCUGAAAUUCAAUUCCCAUAUCCCUUUAUGGGUGGAUUCUCUCAAUUCAUCCUUCAACUUGAAGGCACUAACUUCUCAAAACCCAUUUCCUAGAACCUCAGAAUCUGUCCUCAACCAUGCAGACUUAAGUUCUCUUCUCUCGGUCUGUGGGAGAAAUGGAAACCUUAAUCUUGGUUCUUCCAUCCAUGCCCGCAUCAUCAAGCAACCUCCAUUUUUCGAUUUUGAUAGCUCCCCUCGUAAUGCCCUUUUUAUUUGGAAUUCUCUUCUAUCCAUGUAUUCAAAAUGUGGGGAACUGCAGGAUGCCAUUAAGCUGUUUGAUCGUAUGCAUGUGAAAGAUACUGUAUCAUGGAAUGCAAUGAUUUCUGGGUUUUUAAGGAACAGAGAUUUUGAUAAGGGUUUUUGGUUCUUUAAGCAAAUGAUUGAGUCAAGGACACUGCAUCGUCGAUUUGAUAAAGCAACUCUGACUACACUGUUGUCAGCUUGUGAUGGACCGGAACUCUCUAGUGUAACCAAAAUGAUCCAUGGUUUGGUGCUUGUUGGUGGUUUUGAGUGGGAGAUUCCAGUGGGGAAUGCUCUUAUAACAUCAUAUUUCAAAUGUGGGUGUUUUGAUCAAGGAAGGCAAGUUUUUGAUGAGAUGCUUGAGAGGAAUGUUGUAACUUGGACUGCGGUGAUUUCUGGCCUUACACAAAAUGCAUUUUAUGAGGAUUGUUUAAAAUUGUUCGCCCAAAUGCGUUGCGGGUCAGUGAGUCCCAAUGCUUUGACAUAUUUGAGCUCGCUCAUGGCUUGUUCAGGUUUACAAGCAUUGGGGGAAGGGUGUAAAAUUCAUGGCCUGCUUUGGAAAUUGGGAAUGCAGUCGGAUUUAUGCAUUGAAAGUGCUUUGAUGGAUUUGUAUUCAAAGUGUGGAAGUUUAGAAGAAGCAUGGCAGAUUUUUGAGUCUGCUGAGGAACUCGAUGAGGUUUCCUUAACUGUGAUACUUGUAGCUUUUGCUCAAAAUGGAUUUGAGGAGGAAGCUACCCAGAUAUUUAUGAGAAUGGUGAAAUUGGGGUUUGAAGUUGACCCCAACGUUGUUUCCGCUGUUCUUGGGGUAUUUGGUGUUGGCACUUCUUUGGCAUUUGGUAAGCAGGUUCACUCUUUAAUUAUAAAAAAGAACUUCAGUCAAAAUCCUUUUGUUUGUAAUGGACUUAUAAACAUGUACUCUAAGUGUGGAGAGUUGUAUGACUCGCUCCAAGUCUUCUAUCAGAUGACUCAAAAGAAUUCAGUUUCAUGGAACUCAGUAAUAGCAGCUUUUGCUCGCCAUGGGGAUGGUUUCAGAGCACUUCAGUUUUAUGAAGAGAUGAGAGUGGAGGGUGUAACACCGACAGAUGUUACAUUUUUGUCAUUACUUCAUGCUUGCAGUCAUGCUGGCUUAGUUGAGAAGGGCAUGGAGUUUUUGGAAUCUAUGACUAGAGAUCACAGGAUAAGUCCCCGAUCAGAACAUUAUGCCUGUGUUGUUGACAUGCUGGGCAGGGCGGGACUACUUAAGGAAGCUAGAAAUUUUAUUGAGGGAUUGCCUGAGAAUCCUGGUGUACUGGUUUGGCAAGCAUUGCUUGGUGCUUGUGGUAUACAUGGUGAUUCUGAGAUGGGUAAAUAUGCUGCCGAUCAACUAUUUUUAGCUUCACCAGAUAGCCCAGCUCCUCACGUUUUGAUGGCUAACAUAUAUUCUAUUGAAGGGAAAUGGAAAGAGAGAGCACGUGCAAUUAAAAGAAUGAAAGAGAUGGGAGUAGCAAAAGAAGUAGGCAUAAGUUGGAUUGAGAUCCAAAAGAAAGUCAAUAGUUUCGUUGUAGGGGACAAAUUGCAUCCGCAAGCUGAUAUUAUAUUCUGGGUUUUGUCUGGGUUGUUGAAACACCUGAAAGAUGAAGGUUAUGUUCCUGAUAAAAGGUGUAUUCUGUAUUACUUCGAUCAAGAUAAAAAGGAUUAG